GAGUUCCGGUACAGAGACAUUCUCACACCCGCGCUGUCGCUCAGGUCGCCCGCUGUGAGACUGUCCCGGCUGAGCUCUGGGCAUGACCCCGCGCGGCUCCACGCAGAGGCUCGUUUAGGAUCUGAGGGAGUCUGGAGUCUGAGGAUGAUGCGUUUCCUGCUGCUGUUCAGUCGUCAGGGGAAGCUCCGGCUGCAGAAAUGGUUCACGGCUUUCAGCGAUCGUGACAAGAAGAAGAUCAUAAGAGACGUCACGCAAAUGGUGCUGGCGCGACCGCCGAAGUCCUGCAACUUCCUGCAGUGGAGGGAUCUGAAGAUCGUCUACAGGAGGUAUGCGAGUCUGUAUUUCUGUUGUGGUUUGGAGCAAGGGGACAAUGAGCUGCUCACACUGGAGCUUCUGCACAGAUACGUCGAGCUGCUGGAUCAGUACUUUGGCAAUGUAUGUGAAUUAGACAUUAUUUUUAACUUUGAGAAGGCAUACUUUAUCCUGGAUGAGUUUAUUAUUGGUGGAGAGGUGCAGGAGACAUCCAAAACGAUGGAGGAGUAUUUAAACAAACCCACAUACUGA